UACCCGCUCCUUCCCGCCAUGAACCGCUACCUCCUGCCGCUGUCCGUGCUGGGCACGGCGGUGGGUGGCGCGGUGUUGCUCCGAGACUACGUUGCCGGUGGGGUCUGUCCCAGCAAGGCCAUCAUUCCUGGGAAGACCGUCAUUGUGACCGGCGCCAACACGGGCAUCGGGAAGCAGACGGCCUUGGAGCUGGCCAGAAGAGGAGGCAACAUCAUUCUGGCCUGUCGAGAUAUGGAGAAGUGUGAGGCGGCGGCAAAGGACAUUCGCGGGGAGACCCUUAAUCACCGCGUCAACGCCCGGCACCUGGACUUGGCCUCCCUCAAGUCCAUCCGAGAGUUUGCCGCAAAGAUCAUCGAAGAGGAGGAGCAAGUGCACAUUCUGAUCAACAAUGCGGCUGUGAUGCGGUGCCCCCGCUGGACCACCGAGGAUGGCUUUGAGAUGCAGUUUGGUGUUAACCACUUGGGUCACUUUCUUUUGACAAACUUGCUGCUGGACAAACUGAAAGCCUCGGCCCCUUCACGGAUCAUCAACCUCUCGUCCUUGGCCCACAUUGCAGGACACAUAGACUUUGAUGACUUGAACUGGGAGAAAAGGAAGUAUGACACCAAGGCAGCUUAUUGCCAGAGUAAGCUGGCUGUCAUCCUCUUUACCAGGGAGCUGAGCCGGCGGCUGCAGGGCACGGGUGUGACUGUCAACGCUCUGCACCCUGGUGUGGCCAGGACAGAGCUGGGCAGGCACACGGGCAUGCACAGCUCUGUCUUCUCCAGCUUCACACUCGGGCCCAUCUUCUGGAUGCUGGUCAAGAGCCCCCAGCUGGCAGCCCAGCCCAGCACGUACCUGGCUGUGGCAGAGGAAUUGGAGGGUGUUUCUGGAAAGUACUUCGAUGGACUCAAAGAGAAGCCUCCAGCCCCUGAAGCUGAGGACGAGGAGGUAGCCCAGAGACUUUGGGCUGAAAGUGCCCGCCUGGUGGGCUUGGAGAUGUCCGGUGGUUCCUCUGUGAGGGGGCAGCCCCUCCCCAAAUAACCUCUGGGAGACUUUGAAAACCACGUGGGAGGCUGAGUACCAGGAUGGAGCGGCAAGACCAACCAAGGCUGGCUGCUCUGUCUGCAGCACCCUCUAGGUGGCAGUAUUGGCCAAGG